AAUCCAUCGUGGCUACGCUAGAUCUCGCUCUACAGCCACCUAGUCUCACCAUGGAGGAUGCUACUAGUGGGCCUGACCCUUUCUCGGCCUCCCCAUCGCAGUCUGGAGCCAACACACCUCAACGAGCGGAAUCUUCCGCUCCUUCAACAACGUCAUCACCACCACCGCGCGCUUCGACCUCUUCACCCAUCCCUACAGUCGUUACAAGACGUCUGAGUACUACCAAUUCACACUUCUCAGCAGCAUCUGGAUCACCACCUCCGACCCAUCGAGCCAGCUUUCCAGAUCCAAGCAAGGAGCCUAAACGCGGUUCGUCGAGAUUGAGCGGACCACCGGCGAAGGAGGGCUUCUGUUGCGAACGAGACAAGGAAAUUGCCAAGGGGGAAGAUGUCAGCAUCAUUGAUGCUUUCAAAACGACAGAGGGAGGUACAGCGACCUAUAUCACCUAUGUAAUCCGUCUAGGCUCGCAUACGACGCGAAGGCGAUAUUCCGCAUUUUUGUCCUUGCACCAGGCUCUGACUGGCCUCUAUCCUGUCCUCAUUAUCCCUCCAAUUCCUUCGAAGCAGUCUAUCGCCGACUAUGCUGUAAAAGGUCAGACAAAGGCAAAGGAAGAUGCGACCGUCAUUGCCAGACGUAAACGGCUGCUCGAGGACUUCCUCCGACGCCUUAUCAGACAUCCAAUCCUGGGCGGGGAGCACGUGUUGCAUAGAUUCCUUGAAGACGGUGUGAGCUGGUCUGAAGUAUUGCAUUCUCCACCCAUCUCUCUCUUACCCAAAAGUCCUCUCCAUGCCCCUUCCCAUAAUCCCACUUUCCAAGGCUCAGAUCAGUCCCCGUCGUCCUCGCCUCAAUCUUCAACUGCUCCGACGUAUAUCGCCCAUCAUCUGAUCCCGACGCCAUCGCCUAAUCAUCCACUGAAGCACCCGGAUACCCGUUUCAUGGAUUCUGAAAUCUUUACGGAGAAAUUUCAGGCGCAUUUCUCUGGCACCAUGGAAAAGGUCAAUCGACGCACUGUCAAGCGCUGGGGAGAACGAGCAGGGGAUUUGAGUGAGCUUGGGGCGGUGUGGAAUGGCUUCAGUCUUGUGGAAUCUGGCAAGCUAGGCGAGGCGGUAGAGAAAGUCGGACAAGCGGUUGACUCGGAAUAUCUUGCCACGGCUGCGCUGCUUCAAGCAUGGGAGCAAACGACGACUGAGCCAUUGCAUAUCUAUGCCCAGUUCGCUUCACUCAUACGAUCGCGCCUCGCAUUCAGACAUCAAAAGCAUGUCCAAUUCGAGCUGGUCCAAGAUGCGCUCGAGAACCAGAAAGACAAGCUAGACGUUCUUGAAAAUGCGGAAAAGGAGGCGAGAAGGCUCAAUGAUGCUCUAGAGAGAGGAGGAAGUCGUCUGCUUGGUCAGGCCGUGGAUGGGGUCAGCUCGGACGAGAACGCCGAACAGCUGAGAGAACGGGCAUUGGAGCGGGAGCGCGAGCGGGAAAGGGAUCGUGAACGACAGGAACGUAUAGCGAGAGGCUCGAGGAAGAGCGGAAGCAGCUUUGGACUCUUAAAUGCUGUCAAGCACAGUUUGAGUGGCAUGAUGGAUGUGGAUCCGGAGGCGACUAGGAGGGCAAAUAUCGCCAAGACGAGGGAUAAUAUCUCACAGCUUGAGGAUUCUCUGCAAGCUUCUGCACAAGACCUCAAAUACGCCUCCACGACUUUGCAAGCGGAUCUCGAUCGCUUUCAGCGUCAAAAAGUGGCAGAUCUGCGUCAGCUCACCAUCCAGCUCAGCAAGGUGCAUCACGAAUGGUGUCGUCAAAAUCUCGAGGCGUGGCAAGCUGCUCAAGCGGCUAUUCGGGAGGUUGAACCUCAUCCGAGUCGACCACCAGCGCCGGAACAGCCGGAACUUCCGCCUAAAUCUGACAACGUCGGAACCAGUCUAGCUAUGGGAGGUCUCCAGAGUGAACUUGACAGGAUAGAAGCGAGCAACAAACCGCUACCCUUGCCAGAAGGCGAAGGUAUACUAGAUGCAAACGAGGAUACCGGUGUAAGACAGGCGUCGAGCGGUGAAGCGCCUGGGCCUUUGUAGUCGUAGUUGAAUGUAGUCUUGAUUGUGCAGUCGUGGCCUCAAGGGAGACAGGAAGCGGACCCCCCGUUUCAAGA